AUGGACCCUCAAGACAACACAAAAAGCUGGACCACCCUCUUCGUCGAGAACGCCCAAAGCGAGAGGCAAAAGCGGGAGCAGCACACGGCAGAUAUACAACAGUCCAUCCAGCACUACACCAUAGCAGCCGAGGACAAGAUCAAGGCCGCGCUGGGCCCGGAAGCGGCGGCUUUGCUUCCGGGUUCCACGGCUGCACCGCCAGCAAACCCGCCCCGGUGCAUAUUCCGGGCUCGUACUCUCUUCACUCGAUUUUCACCAAACGGCAAUAUGCUCGCCAACGGUGACCCCGAAGUCUCCAUCUCGCCUACCGAGGCUGCCGACACCCCUCGCCUAGCGCAUGCCCUCGACAACAAAGCCGACGCAGGGCCAGGGGGAAUGAACCAGGCAGCCGACAGCGCUUCUUCCACCAUUGUCGACCUGGACCUAUUUGGGCGUGGCGAAGAGCUCAGAUCGUCUCUGUUUGCCGACUGUUUUGAAGUUGACGGAAGCUAUACAACCGGUGGAAGUCUAUUCUCGGGAGACCAAGGCACCACCGACACCUAUGCAUGGGCACUUGCGUCGGACGAAGCGCAAGCAUGUGUUCGAUGGUAA